ACCAGUAAGCCGAAGGGCAUAACGCAAAAUCCCUUUCCCUAUCUGACUGCUGCGGCCUGCGAAGUUGCGAAGUGCGAACGGCGACUCCGACCAGCUGCUCGGACGACGGCGACAAGCCCUCAGCCGCUCAGCGACCGCGAGCAGCGACGGGCGACGAGCCCUCCCCUCCGCGACCAGCGACCGGCGACCGGCGACCAGCCCUCCCCUCCGCGACCAGCGACCGGCGACCGGCGACCAGCCCUCCCCUCCGCGACUGCGACCAGCGACCAGCCCUCUCCGAGCCUCCGCCUCCGCGACCACGAGUCCACGACCACUGACCAGCCGACUGUGUUCUGCUUCUGGAAUCUGGACCUCUGUUUUGAGUUUUGACGCCAGAAAAAUCAGAGCGGGAGCCGCAGCAGAGCUGAUACGUGAGAAUGGCGGAAUCAAUACCCUUCAAAAACCUCCAUACUAGAGAAUAUCAAGGCCACAAGAAGAAGGUUCAUUCAGUAGCAUGGAAUUGCACUGGCACGAAACUAGCCUCGGGCUCCGUUGAUCAAACUGCUCGAAUAUGGCAUAUUGAGCCCCAUGGUCAUGGAAAGGCAAAAGAUAUUGAACUAAAAGGCCAUACAGACAGUGUGGACCAAUUAUGUUGGGACCCCAAGCAUGCUGAGUUGAUUGCAACAGCAUCGGGUGACAAGACAGUUCGAUUGUGGGAUGCUCGCAGUGGCAAAUGCUCACAGCAAGUUGAAUUAAGUGGGGAGAAUAUCAAUAUCACUUAUAAACCUGAUGGGACUCAUAUAGCUGUUGGCAACAGGGAAGAUGAACUGACAAUAUUGGAUGUUCGCAAGUUUAAGGCUAUGCAUAAGCGGAAGUUCAACUAUGAGGUAAAUGAGAUUGCAUGGAAUAUGACCGGAGAUAUGUUCUUUCUGACUACUGGGAAUGGAACGGUGGAGGUUCUAUCAUAUCCUUCUCUGCGCCCUGUUGACACACUUAUGGCUCACACUGCUGGUUGUUAUUGCAUUGCAAUUGACCCACUUGGAAGAUAUUUUGCUGUUGGAAGUGCUGAUUCCUUAGUCAGCCUUUGGGAUAUUAAGGAAAUGCUCUGUGUUCGAACAUUUACAAAACUUGAAUGGCCAGUUAGGACAAUAAGUUUCAAUCAUACGGGAGAAUACAUUGCCUCUGCAAGUGAGGAUUUGUUCAUAGAUAUAUCAAAUGUCCAGACUGGGCGGUCAGUUCACCAGAUUCCCUGUCGUGCUGCAAUGAACAGUGUGGAGUGGAACCCAAAGUUAAACUUGCUUGCUCAUGCUGGAGAUGAUAAAAACAAGUAUCAAGCUGAUGAAGGUGUGUUUCGUAUAUUCGGCUUUGAGAGUGCAUAACACCUACAAAACAAGCAAAGUUCCUUUGCCCGUCAUAAUUAGUGGUGGGUACACAGAAGGCUAUUUGUUUGCUGUUUGCAAGUGCUAUUACUGCUAAUUGCGACAUAUUGACAUGUCACAAAAAUGUGAAAGGAAUACUUUUUUUAUUAAUGUAAAACGAUGCACACAAAAUGCUUUGAGUGAGUGCAUAUAACACUGACAAAACAAGCAAAGUGCCCAUCAUAAUUAGCGGUGGGGUACUUGAAAAUGCACACUUUGCAAGUGCUAUUUCUACUGC